AGAAGAAGAAGAAUCCUCCACGUUUUGGAAAUGGCAGCCUCCGAUGAGUUACAUGUGGCUACCUCUACGUUCCUAUAAAAUAUCAAUUUAGUUAAAUUACAGAAACUGGGUCUUUAUACUACUGCAUUUAACGAAAGGACACAUCAGAACGAAACAGAAAACAAAAACGAUUGAAAAUGCAGCACGACGACGUUAUAUGGGACAUAAUUGGAAAUAAACAGUUCUGUUCCUAUAAAGUCAAGACCAAAACUCAGAGUUUCUGUCGAAACGAAUAUAACAUCACAGGACUUUGUAAUCGGUCGUCUUGUCCACUUGCCAAUAGCCAAUAUGCAACCAUUCGAGAAGAAAAAGGUCAGUGUUUUCUCUACAUGAAGGUGAUUGAGAGGGCAGCUUUUCCUGCACGUAUGUGGGAGAAGGUGAAACUAAGUAAAAACUAUGAGAAGGCUCUGGAACAGAUUGAUGAGAACCUUAUCUAUUGGCCACGGUUCAUCAGACACAAGUGCAAACAGCGGUUCACGAAGAUCACACAGUACCUCAUCCGCAUUCGCAAACUCACGCUUAAGCGACAGAGGAAAUUGGUACCCUUGAGUAGGAAAGUGGAGAAGAGGGAGAAAAGGAAAGAGGAAAAAGCCCUUAUUGCUGCACAACUCGACAAUGCCAUUGAGAAAGAACUCUUGGAAAGGCUGAAACAGGGAACGUACGGAGACAUUUAUAACUUCCCCAUCCACGCCUUUGAUAAAGCUCUGGAGAAGCAGGAUGAGGAGACAGAGUCAGAAGAGGAAGAGGAAGAAGAGGGUGAUGAUGAGGAUGUUGGCCAGAAAGAGUUUGUUGCAGAAGAUGAGAUUGAGGAAAGUGAUUUGAGUGACUUUGAGGACAUGGACAACCUUAAGGGAAGCAGUGAUGAGAAUGAUGAAGAUGAGAAUGAUGAUGAUGAGGAAGAAAAUGAUUAUAAUGAAUCCAGCGAGGAGGAGAUGGACACAGAGGCAAAAACAAAGAUCAGUUCAAAAGGAAAGGCUCCACUCAAAGGACCGUAUAGGAAGAAACGAGCCUAUGUGGAAAUUGAAUAUGAGCAAGAGACUGAGCCAGCUUCAAAGAACAAAGCCACAUAGAUCUGUGUACACCCUCUUUUAACUGUAUAUUUCUGGACUGACCGUAGUGUGAACCUCGAAACCCCAGUGACCCCUCAAACUCAAUGUCCUAUGUCUGGAUUUAACAGUGCUUUGGACUUAACAGUGAAUAUCAAUCCAUUUGGGAACUUAAUUGAAGCAGAAUAUUUUUGCUUUAGUGAAGUAAUAAAUAUAAUUUUUAUACCCCAAA